AUGUUUUUUACUUAUGUUGUAAGACCUGGGGAAGCACCAGAAGGACGUGGUCCUCAAUUUGAGCCAUUUUGGGAUUUUUUUAUGAAUUUUAAUUUACGUGUUGGAUUUUUGAUACAAUUUAUUUCUUAUAUAUUAUUAGUUGGUGCAAUAACUAUAAUUGGAAAAAAUCCUUUAGGAAUAUUAAACUUCUUGAGAGCAUUACCAGGAAGUGUUGGUAAUGCCCCUAUGCCUUUGGUUCUUUUUAGUAUAGGUGGAUUUUUAAUGGGUACUCUUCUCAUCAUGUCCUUUUUACAAUUAACUGAGGAUGAUAGCAGCAUUAAGCAAUCCAGAGGUUACAGAGCAGGAACAAAAUUUCUCUUACAAGCCACAUCCAUGGGAACUGUAUCAUGGAGCUUGUCCCUUAUAUGCUUGAUGGCCUCAUCCUACUAUUUUGAUGACCCCUGGAUGGAAGAGAAGAUUGGUGCAGGUUCUUCAUGGAUAUUAUAUUUUAGCUCCAGAUUAAUUGAUGCAUUUUGUUUAUUUUUAUAUGGAUCAGGAUGUUUCUUUUUAGAAGUAUAUCAUUCAGAAGGUGCAGGAGAAGCAUGGGGAUGGUUAUGUGGAAUGUGCUUUAUAGCAACAUCUUUUGUUGAAGUAUUAGCAUUAACAUUAUUUAAUACAGCUUUGUUUAGUUCCUUAGAUUGGUUCUAUUGUUUAUUUUUAGGAUUAAGUCUUUUCUUUAGUGUUAUUUGGGGAUUAUUAUUUGAACCUAUAAGUCAUAGAUACGAUGUAAAAUUAACACAAAGCGCCAUGAGAAAUGAAUACUACAAAUCACGAAAUGCCAUGGCUUAUUAUGGACCGGCUGUUGUUACUGCAAAUGGAGAGCUUGACAUAGAAGCAUCUACAGAAAAUAUUGCAGCAUGCAAACAAUGUUAA